AUGGUAUGGACAUAUAAAGAGACGAGAGGAAGACCACCCGAUAAGGAAGAUGAUGGAGAUGGGACUACCAGACUUAGACCCCCGCCAGACCCGGCACAAGCCCGCGCCAGACCCAACCCCGGCCAGGACCCAGCCCCCUCGCCAGGCCCAGCCUCCCGCCAGACCCAGCCCCGCCAAGACCCCAGCUCCCGCCAGACCCAGCCCCGCCAGAACCAGCCCCGCCAGACCCAGCUACCGCCAGACCCAGAAACCCCCCAGACCCAGCUCCCGCAGACCCAGCCCCCGCCAGACCCAGGCCCCCACAGACCCGCUCCCGCCAGACUCCAGCCCCCGCCAGACCCAGCUCCCGCCAGACCCAGCCCCCGCCAGACCCAGCCCGCCAGACCCAGCUCCCGACCAGACCCAGAACCCCGCCAGGAUCCCAGCUCCCGCCAGACCCAGAACCCCCGCCAGACCCAGCUCCCGCCAGACCCAGCCCCGCCAGGACCCAAGCCCCCACCAGACCCAGCCCCUGCCAGACCCACGCUCGCCGCCAGACCCAAAGCUCCCGCCAGGACCCAGCCCCCCAGACCCAGCUUCCGCCAGACCCAGCCCCCGCAGACCCAGCCCGCCAGACCCAGCUCCCGCCAGACCAAGCCCCCCGCCAGACCCAGCCCCGCCAGACCCAGCUCCUCCGCCAGACCCAGCCCCCGAUCCCAGACCCAGCCCCCGCCAGACCCAAGCUCCCGCCAGACCCAGCCCCGCCAAGACCCAGCCCCCGCCAGACCCAGCUCCCGCCGCCAAGACCAGCCCCCGCCAGACCCACGCUUCCCCAGACCCAGCCCCCGCCAGACCAAGCCCCCGCCAGACCCAGCUCCCGCCCAUACCCAGCCCCCGCCAACCAAGCCCCCGCCAGACCCAGCUCCCGCCAGAACCCAGCCCCCGCCAGACCAGCUCCCGCCAAGACCCAGCCCCCGCCAGACCCAGCUCCCGCCGAGAACCAGCCCUGCCGCCAACCCAGCUCCCGCCAGACCCAGCCCCCGCCAGACCCAGCUUCCCGCCAGACCCAGCCCCGCCAGACCCAAGCCCCGCCAGACCCAAGCAUCCCACAGACCCCAGCCCCCGCCAGAACCAGCUGCCCACACAGACCCAGGCCCCCCCAGACCCCACGCCCCGCAGACCCAGCACGUCCCGCCAACCCAGGCCCCGCCCAGACCCAGCCCCCCGCCAGACCAGCUCCGCCUAGACCCGGCCCCCGCCAGACCCAGCCCCCUGCCAGACCAUUCCCCCCGCCAGACCCCAGCUCCCGCCCACGACCCCAGACCCCGCCAGACCCAGCCCCCGCCAGACCCAGCCCCCGCCGACCCAGCCCCUCCCAAGAAGCCAGACCGCAGCCCUCCCCAGACGCCCCCAGGCUCCCGCCAGACCCAUCCCCGCCCAGACCCAGCUCCCUCCAUACCCAGCCCCCGCCAUAAACCCAGCUCCCGCCCCAGACCCGAGCCCCCGCCCAGAACCCAGCCCCCGCCAGACCCAGCUCCCACCGACCCAGCCCCAGCCAAGAACCCAGAACCCCCGCCAGACCCAAACCCGCUCCCGCCCAGACCCCCAGCCCCCUCCAGACCCAGCCCCCGCCCAGGACCCCAGCCCCCGUCCGAGACCCAGCAUGGCCCUGCCAGACCCAGGCCCCCACCAGACCCAGCAGGGCCUGCCAGACCCAGCCCCGCCAGACCCAGCUCCCGCCAGGACCCAGCCCCCGCCCGCCUGACCCAGCACGGCCCUGCCAGACCCAGCCCCCACCAGACCGAGCCCCACCAGACCCAGCUCCCGCCAGACCCAGCUCCCGCCAGACCCAGCCCCGCCAGACCCAGCUCCCGCCAGACCCAGCCCCGCCAGACCCACAGCCCCUGCCAGACCCAGCCCCCACCAGACCAGCCCCCGCCCAGACCCAGCUCCCGCCACCAGCCAACCCCCGCCAGACCCAGCCCACCAGACCAGCUCCCACCAGACCAGCCCCCAGCCAGACCCAGCCUCCGCCAGACCCAGCCCCCACCAGACCCAGCUCCCAGACCCAGCUCCCAGCCAGACCCAGCCCCCGCCAGACCCAGCCCCCACCGAACCCAGCACGGCCUGCAGACCCAGACCCCGCCAGAACCCACCACCACACCCCCAGCUCCCGCCACAACCAGCUCCCGCCAGACCCAGCCCCCGCCAGACCCAGCACAGCCCUGCCAAGACCCAGCCCCCGCCAGAACCCAGCACAGCCAUGCCAGACCAGCCCCCGCCAGACCCUGCCCCCGCCAGACCCAGCUCCCGCCAGACCCAGCCCCCGCCAGACCCAUCUCCCCACAGACCCCAGCCCGCCAGACCCAGCCCCCGCCAGACCCAUCUCCCGCCAGACCCCAGCCCCCGCCAGACCCAGCCCCCACCAGACCCAGCACGGCCCUGCCAGACCCAGCCCCCGCCAGACCCUACAUGCUGCCAGACCCAGACCCCUGCCAGACCCAGCCCCGCCAGACCCAGCACGGCCCUGCCAGACCAGCCCCCGCCAGACCCAGCCCCUGCCAGACCACGCACGGCCCUGCCAGACCAAGCUCACCACCAGACCCAGCCCCCGCCAGACCCAGCACAGCCCUGCCAGACCCAGCUCCCGCCAGACCCAGCCCCCGCCAGACCAGCACAGCCCUGCCAGACCCAGCUCCCGCCAGACCCAGCCCGCCCAGACCAGCACAGCCCUGCCAGACCCAGCUCCCGCCAGACCCAGCCCCGCCAGCCAGACCCAGCACAGCCCUGCCAGACCCAGCUCCCGCCAGACCCAGCCCCCGCCAGACCCAGCACAGCCCUGCCAGACCCAGCUCCCGCCAGACCCAGCCCCCGCCAGACCCAGCACAGCCUGCCAGGACCCAGCUCCCGGCAGACCCAGCCCCGCCAGACUCAGCACAGCCCUGCCAGACACAGCUCCCGCCAGACCCAGCCCCCGCCAGACCAGCACAGCCCAUGCCAGAACCCAGCUCCCGCCAGACCAGCCCCCGCCAGACCCAGCAGGGCCUGGCCAGACCCAGCUCCCGCCAGACCCAGCCCUCGCCAGACCCGGCAUGGCCCGGCCAGACCUAG